UUUACCUCCGUCACUCCUGACGUCUCACAGCUCGUCUCAGAGCAACAUGUUUACUAAUAAUAACACUGUUUACUAUUUAAAAUGCGGCUUUGCAUGUACAGGCAGGAGUUUUCUGCUUAACUGUCUUUAACUCCAGACUAAACAACUUCAAACUAAAAAACUGAAACUCACAGUGCUGAGUAUCAUUAUAAGAACUGAGCCUUUCAGUCAUAGCACAGAACCUCAACUACUGAACCUUUACUAUUCCAGAUGCAGCGAAUAAACCAUCCACUAGAAAAACUGUGCUCUGCUCUUCGCUCCACACGAAAAGAUCUAAUAGAAGCUUAUGAGCAGUACAGCAAAGAGGAAAAGAGGUUUCUGGAAGAGGGUCUUCUCCCUGACAGUCCACUCUUCACUUCUAUCACUGUUCAUUCUGACUCUGACUGGAUUCCCUCCCACCCUGAAGCUCCUCAGGACUUCCAGAGCUUUUAUAGCAACCCAUACCGCAGCACUCCCAACAGCGGCCAUAAGACCAUUUAUAUUCAGACUAUAGGAUCCUUUGGGGAGGGCGAUGGAAUCACUGAACAGUAUGUCGAGUGGCUUCGGGAAUACUGUGAAGCAUUUUAUCAUGGUCUGGUAGUCAAACUGUUACAGCCAGUGACUGUUGCGUCCACAGGUUGUACCUUCCGAGUUAACAGCAACACACACAACCUUCAGCUUCAUGCUGGAGACCUGCUGGCAUUUCUAAAAAAGAAAAAGCCAAAGGAUGCAUUUUGCAUUGUAGGGAUCACCAUGAUUGAUCUGUACCCAAGGGACUCCUGGAAUUUUGUUUUUGGUCAAGCAUCACUCACUGAAGGAAUAGGUGUUUUCAGCUUUGCUCGGUAUGAUGAUGACUUUUACUCAAGAAACUAUGCAGGACGGCUGAAGAAGGGAAUGAAGCCUAAACCUGGCGACUACAGUGUAUUUCAAAGCUGCUACAUCCCUCCUAUUAGCAGCACUCUGCUUCUCCGCUCCUGUAAGACCCUUACUCAUGAGAUUGGGCACAUAUUUGGAAUUAAGCACUGUCAGUGGCUUCAGUGUGUUAUGCAGGGCUCCAACCACUUGGAGGAAUCUGAUCGUCGGCCACCGGACCUUUGCCCCAUCUGCCUUAGGAAACUGCAGUCUGCUAUUGGAUUUAAACUGGCGGACAGGUACAAGGCUCUGCUACACUGGAUAGAGAAUGGAACAGGGCAAUCCAGUCAGCAGUCGGACAAACCCCUUAAAGCUUUCGAAGACUUCAAACAGUGGUUAUGUAAGUGUCUGAGUAUCCUGGAGGAUGAAAUAUUUUAAUGGUUACAUUGGUAAGUAUGGUGAGAACAAAUUGCAACAAAAUGAUUGUAGAUGGAUCUUGUGUAUCUAGAUGAAAUUGCUUUUUUUUUUUUCAGUAUAUAUAAAUUAAAUGUAAAGUUUGAUAAAAUACAUUGUAAAAGUAAAUAAUAAAAUUUCCAAAUGUGCUUUAAUUACUUGACAUUGUAAAAAAAUAACAAUAACUUAAUAAUUGUAAUUGUGCAAAUUGUAUUGCUCAUUCAGAUAUAAAGUCACACACUGUUUGUGUACAGCAUGAUUAGUUUCCAAACAAGCAACAUUGAAUAAAACAUAAGACAUCAAUUUAUAACAAAAUGUUCAUUUGUACAUUGAGUCAGUAGUGUUUGCAUUUCUGAAACUGUUAU